AUGCCGAUGAGGAAUAACCAGCCAAGGCGGGAUUUUGUUGCAAGGGUGCUUCAGAAGCGCAAGGGAAAUUCUGAAGUCGUGUCAAAGGAGAAGCGACAAGAAGGGGAGUACUGUUGCAAGAAACAUCUGCACGCCACUGGAACUCAGAGAGUAACAUUUUACACAGGCACCGGAGAUCCCUCCAUAUCUUUAGAGGAAGCAAUAAGGGAUGCGGAACUACAUUACUAA